AUGCUGAACUCACACACAAUCGUACCAUUGGACACCUUGGCUCAAGUCCUUUCAAUGCGGUUGCAGGAGAAACGCUCGUCUCCAAAGAUCCAUGAGAUCUUUGAAUUCCACAUUGCCGACAUGAAGUUGACAACACAGGGUUCAGUAAAUUUUACCUCCUGCUGUCUUCCUAAAGCUUGGAUACCACCAUAUGGCUGUUUAAAUCGGUGUAGAAUCCUUCUUGGAGCCCAGCUACUACCGACAGCAGAUAUCUUUACAGACAAUUCUACAAACGUCUCGGCGACACCUAAUGUCUUCCUAACCGAUGUCAUUUUCUCCAAUGGCAAACUUUUCAACUCCGCUCGCGACUUUCAUAUUUCUCUUCUCGAGAAAGUAAAGAAUCCACUCUAUCUGCAUAUAUCCCUCUUCCACCAGACUCCAAUAGAAGACACUAUACUUCUUGCGCGAUUAAAACCACUCAAAGUAAAAGGCACUAAACAAAAAGUCUGGACAACUCAAAAUUUGAAGAGCAGUGCCGAUACAACGCCUUCUAUUCGGUUAACACUCUCCUAUCGGAUUGCUUGUCCGCCUGAUUACUAUGGUGAGGACUGUGACUACUACUGUGCGCCCAGAGAUUCCCCUCUGGGACAUUAUAAAUGCGACACCAAAGAUGGACGUAUUGUUUGCCUACCUGGUUGGGAAGGAAGCCAGUGUACUGAAGCAAUCUGCAAAAAAGGCUGCAUUCACGGCACCUGUGAGUCACCUGACGUUUGCAAAUGCGAAGUAGGUUGGACAGGGGAAACGUGCGAAGAAUGUAUACCCUUUCCAGGGUGCAAGCAUGGUACCUGUAAAUUCAAUUAUAGCCUGGGUCACCAAGAACCUCUCACCUGUGAAUGUCAAACUGGAUGGAGUGGAAUGCUUUGCACAAUCGAUACUCAAUAUUGCUCAAAUCACCCUAAUACAUGCUUAAAUGGUGGUGUUUGUCACAAUACUGCAACGGAGACGACUCCGGGCUAUACCUGUCAGUGCCCGCUUGGCUAUGAAGGUUAUCACUGUGAAAUCUCGAAUCAUAAUUGCCGAGUUUAUGGAUGCAGUGGUCACGGAAUUUGUCAAGCUGAUGGAAGUUGUGCCUGCUCUGACACUUUUUACGGAUCAAAUUGUCAAUUUAAUCAGACAUCCUGCUGGCAAAAUCCCUGUCAAGGGGAAAACUCCGUCUGUAAACCCUUAAGCGAGAAUCCAAAAUCGAAUUUGGCCAUUAAUUUCCAAUGCGAAUGCCAACAAGGACUUACCGGAAUGAACUGCGAAAACACAAUUCGCAAAUGUGAUGGGAGACCCUGUCUCCAUGGGGGAAAGUGUGUUGAAAUGGCGGGUGAACAUGAGGGUUAUCAGUGCAUUUGUUUACCAGGACAUCGUGGACGACAUUGCGAGCUGAGUGACGCUGCUUGUCAGCAUCAUCCGUGCGCGAAUGGUGGACAAUGUGUCUACGGAGCUAAUCAGGUUAAAUGUCGAUGUCUUCCUGGCUGGACUGGGCUAACAUGUCUAGAAAAUGUUAAUGAGUGCCUCAAGCCAGUUUGCAAGAACGGAGCAGCUUGCCGGGAUAGACCAGGGACUUAUGAAUGCCUUUGCAAACCAGGGUGGACAGGACGUGAUUGUAGUAUUUCUCUGAAUACUACGUCUACACCUCCACCCUCUUCAUCCGGUACUAUUAUCGCAACUCCCCAAACAGGUUGUAAUGAGGAAAACAGUUGUGAACCUGAUAAUGUCUGGCCACAUACCUCUGUCGUCAUAAGAUUUGCCAUAGUCUCCUUAAUUAUCGUUCUGUUCUGCCUUCUCUUUCUCACAUUCUUACUAAUCUUUAUUCGGAAGCGAAAAGUUUGGCGACACAAGAAAUCCGGCUUCGAGGAACUUCAGAGACCAAAUAUUCAGUCCCUUCGACCAAGUCCUAUUUAUUGGAGUGGCGGCAAUGCGCCUGAAUCCCUUCUAAUCUGUCCCACGGGUAGUAUGACGUUAACAAGGCAUAAAUCAACAUGUGAGCAAGAAAAGCCCCCGAGACCACUGGCAAAAGAGGGCUUCCGCAUUGAGAAGCCUCUUUUCUACGAUUCAACAAUUCGUCCCCCAUUGAUUAUGCCCUCAGUUCCACCAACUAAUCUUAUUCCAAUUUGUGGACCCUCUGUGCAUCAUGCGAUUGUUUACGCCUGUCAAACAUCGCCUCCCCCACCCUAUGAAGAAUUUGCUUCACAAAGUAAAACUGAGCACGGCACUCUUAAGAAGGGCCCCACGAAAGCCUAA